AUGUCCGGUUUGACAAAAAUUACAAGUACUUCUACAAUUGGUAGUACUAAAAGUACAACAACUGUUACAAAACGUACAGUAAAUUUGAAUCGUACUCGUACAAAUACUAUUACAAGUAGUAAUGGAACAAGUCGUUCAACUAGUCAAGUACGUAGUCGUAGCAGUAGUAUAUUUAGCAGGAAAUUAUAUUCAUUUCAAGAUUUACCAUUUUGGCAACAAGAUAAUGAUAAAAUUUUAACGGGCUACGUUAGAGAAACUAAUUCAUUUUCAAAGUGUAUUCAAUCAUUAUUUUAUUUUAAUAAUGAAUCUGUGAAUAUUUAUUCACAUUUAAUCCCAUCAAUUGCAUAUUUAUUUUUAUCAUUAUUUUUAAUUGAUACUUUUUUAAUUCCAAGAUUUCCAACAACUUCAACUUCAGAUUAUGUUUUUAUUAACGUUUUCCUUAUAGGUGCAUUCUUUUGCAUGCUUUGCAGUGGUUGUUUCCAUUGUUUAAAACAACAUUCUGAAAAAUAUAGUAAUUUUUGGAGUAAAUUGGACUAUUUAGGUAUUAUAAUAUUAAUUGCUUGUUCAAUGAUUUCAUUAGUUUAUUUUGGUUAUUUUGAUCAUUUAGCAUACUUUAAAUUUUUUGUUGGUUUAACUUGUACCUUAGCAAUAUUAUGUUCGAUGGUUGUAAUGCAUGAAAAAUUUAAUGUUGCUAAAUAUAGACCGUUAAGAGCAGGAUUUUUCGCUACAUUUGGUUUGUCGGGAAUUAUUCCAUUAGCUACAGGGUUUUAUAUAUUUGGAUUUCAUGGUGUUAUUAAAAGAAUUAAUCUUACUUUUGUAAUUUGGGAAGCUUUAUUUUAUAUUGUUGGUGCAACAUUAUAUGGUUUAAGAAUACCUGAAAGUAUUUUACCUGGAAGGUUUGACCUUAUUGGAAGUUCUCACCAAGUUUUCCAUUGUUUAGUGGUAGCAGGUUCUGUUUGCCAUUUGAAAGCUGUCAUUGAAUCCUAUAGACUAGUUCAUUCAAAUUUCAAAAAUUGA